AUGUCAGAGGGAGGCACUUUAAAGGUUAACUUGUUACUUGCUUUUCAAAAGGUUUUUUGUUUUACAGAUUUCCUAAAUUGUCAUAAAAAAAUGAGAUCGAAAGCCGUGGCGACUCAGGAAAACCUGCAAAAGUGUCUCACUUAGUUCUAGCGCCUUAAGCAACAUUCAAGCUUUCAAUCUACCGUGUCCUUUUGUCAUGUUUUUAGAAAGCUAUAGAGAUUGUAACUAAGGCUACAGAUGAGGACAAAGCUGGAAAUUACGAAGAGGCUCUUCGACUCUAUGAACAUGGUGUGGAAUAUUUUUUGCAUGCCAUAAAAUGUAAGUACAGAUUAUUUUUACGAAGUUAACUGUUUCCACUUCUUAUUUGUUUUUCGUUUGAAAGAGGUUCUUCCGUAUUUCAUUCGGUGUACGCGAGGUCUCUCUGUUGCUCUUUUUCAGACGCAUUUUAUCUGCUGUCAAUCAGUAGUUCCUCUUUAAAUUUACAACUAAUUGAGUUGUGAUUCGUGUGGCCGCCAAAAGUUCCACUUGUAAGCGAAACUAAGGCCGUGUGUAAUAUGUGAUUCAUGCAACUACCCCUUGUGUUGUUUUCUAUAUUUGAAUCUCAUUUUAUUGUGAAAAACAAUGGCAAUUGUUUCCUUAGUGAUAUCAUCACACAAAUUGAGCAGGAAAAAAACUGAACAUUAACUGCUCAAAAGUCCAAAGUGAUUCUGUAUUAUAAAAGUGUGACACUUAAAAUGCAGUUUAUUUUACAGGUGCUUUAUACAUAUACUGUUAUUUGCAUCUUAGCAACUUUGCAUUUUAGUUAAUACUUGUAAGCUCAUGACACUAUCUUUGCUCUUAGAGGAAGAACUCUCAAACUGUUACUUGCCCAGAAUAAAUUUCUCUCUUGCAAGUAAAGAGUAUUCUUUAGGUAUCUAAGAUCCGAGAACUUUCCAGCUAUUGAACCAAAUUCUCGUUCAGAGUUUGGAUGGCCUUAGUCUUUUUUUUUUUUUAUGUAGAAAUGGAGAAUGUUCUCCAGGUGCUAAAACUAUUUUCUUUGUACUCUGUUUCCUGAUAAAAUCCCUGCAAGCAAGUUCCACAAUAAAUUUAUGCAACAUAGAAUUCCUGUAAUUAUACAGCAAUCAAUUUGAAACUUCAAUAUCCUCUACCCCCAGGCAACUCCCUGCAUAACUCCCUGGGUAUUUGAAAUUUUGAGGAAAGAAUUUUGUUGUGCAUUGAUCAAAGGUAACGAGUGUGUCUAAACAAGAAAGUGUGUACUAAACAAGAAAUGACAGACAAAUUUCAGAAUUUUUAUACAGGAUUGGUUCAAGGAUUAUUAGAAAAGGGAGAAAAUGGAAUUUUUAGAAUUGCUAUGGAGGUUAUCAUAAAGCUCACUAGCGCUGAAGUCAAUUAUUUACCUAAUACUUUUAAUUGUGGUCAACUUGUAAAACUUUUUUCCUUAUUUUCUCAUCCUUUAUGAAACUUUAGAUGAAGCUCAUGGAGAUAAGUCCAAGGAGAGUAUCAGACAAAAGUGUAUUCAAUACCUUGAUAGGGCUGAGAAACUUAAGACAUGUCUUCAAAGCAAAAACAAAAAGAAACCUGUAGCAUCAUCAGGAGGAGGAAAAGAAAACAAUAAAGGGUUUGUAACUUUUAUUUCAACAGAGAAAAUUUGAGAAAGAUUGGCCUAAAGAAGCCCCAAAUUCUCACAAUCACAUUUAGUAAAGAGAGGAUUAGCAUUUUUAAGACAAUAUAAAUUAUAUAUACCUUUUUGGAUAAAGCUAUUCGCUUUUGCUACUUUGGUUACUCUACUUGUGUGGGAACAACCUAUAACCCUUUAACUCCCAGAUCAAAUUUGUAAUUCUCCUUACUUUCAACCAUACAAUUCUCAUAAUGUUAACUCAGAGAAUUUAGCAUUGGAUCAACUAAUUAUCCCCAAAUUGAUAUUUUUCUCUAUUCUCAUCACUUAUCUGGUAGAUAUUGUAUUGGUAUUGUAAGGAGAAAUUCUGUCUUGGUCACCCAUGGGAGUUAAAGGGUUAAAAACAUACCUAUAUCUAAUAUUAUAUACCUUUUAUUUAAAAGGAAAUUGUGAAUGCUAGUAGGGCUAAAUGAGUUUUAUAGAUUACUUUGAUUUUUUUAUCUAAAAUUAACUUUUUACAAUUUAUUAUAAAUUUAUUUUUUGUAUGCUGCUUCAUUAUGUAUUGUAAAUUUAUCCAGCUACCUGGUUUAAUAGUCUCUUAAAAGAGAUAAUAAUUUGUUAUUCAUCAAUUUUUAUAUUUCUCAAUGAAUGGUUAAAAGGGAGCCAAAAAUUAGAUUUAAAUCGAUAGUCUUCCACUUUUCUUUUGAUUUUUUUGGGUCAAUGACUAACCCUUUCAUUCUUAGGAUCAGUUCUCCACACUGUCUGAGUUUCACUGAGUUUAAUCAAACAAUUUCCCCUUUCUUGAAAUUUUUUCUUUUUGCUUGAAAAUUAAUUGAUGUUGAAAGGAGAAAUGUUCUUCUGAGGUCAGUUCUUCUAGUGAAGGGAUUAAAAAAAUAAUAAACAUGUAACUAUGUGUUCUUCAUUUUUUCCAACAGUGGUAAAGAUGGCAACAAAGAUGAUAACAGUGAUGAUGAUGAAGACGAUGCACAAGCAAAAAAACUCAGGGGUCAACUAAACAGUGAGUAGUAACAGUUCAGUUGUGUCUCAGGUAAUUUGCUCUACAGCUAAUUUUUCUGGUACUCCUUGUCUAAGUUAUGAGAUGCGUUCAAAUGCUCUCAUGGUUUGUCCAUUUGCACUGUAGGAUAUGUAUCAUUUUCAAUCCACUUUGAAUUCAUCUUGUCCAGUCUUGACUAUCCUCAGUCCUCCUUGGUGUAUUUUUAUCUAUUUUGUUUUCUUUCCAAUGUAACUAAUAGAAUUAUAUUUCUCCUUUAGGUUAAAGGCAGUUUUGCAAAUCACCAAAACUUGCUAAAAAUAUUGCAGGACUUUUAGUGUUUUAUGAAUUUUUCUUGAGGAACUGGAUUUGUUUUUCUUUUCUAAGGUGCCAUUGUAAUGGAAAAACCCAAAGUGCUGUGGUCUGAUGUUGCUGGGUUAGACUCAGCUAAGGAAGCCCUGAAGGAGGCUGUCAUUCUACCAAUUAAAUUCCCUCAUUUGUUCACAGGUAACUAACAAGGCAACUUCCGUAGUUUUUACUUCAAAUUUUGAAAAUUAAAUUUUACUACCCUUUGCAGCUAUUUGUGUGCACAUCAUCCAGACAAUUUGAUACUGUGAUAAAAUAUAAAAUAAGCAACAUAGAUUUACUUAAACACCAUAUAUUGUUUGAUACAGGAGUCCAUAAUCCACAGGUAAAUAGAGGGUGCAGAAAAUUGUGUAUUUUAAAAACAGCACAUGAGGUUAAUUGAUAAAUGACAAAUUGGUUUUUACUUAUCAACUAAGUUUUUAUCUCUCCAGAAAUUUGGUUUAUACACAUUACACUGUUAAGUUUAAGAUAGAGAGCUUAGCUUAGAUUAUCUGAAAUGAACAAAAAGCCAGAGUUAUGGUGAUAGCAAAUAACUUGAUACGGUAUGCAAAGGCCUAUUGUAAAUUGUGGGCAUGAUGUUUUAUGCUUCAUUUUGUGAUAACUAGAAUUUUCUUAAGGAUAAUCUCUUUCAAGGGAAGCUUAACUACAGGUAGGUCUCUGUCUUGCCCAGGCCUAGAAUGUUUAUGAUAUCAUACCCACUGAUUUAUCACAUCAUUUGAAUGACAGGAAAACGAAGGCCAUGGAGCGGGAUCUUGCUGUAUGGGGUAAGAUACAUGUACCAAUUCAUUUGCCAAUGCCAUGAACUCAACAUUUUGUGGUAACCUAUUUCAAUUACCUAACAAGAGAAUAAGACAGUGAUAUAUUACAACAGUUUCCAUUUUGUUUAACAGCCUCCUGGUACAGGAAAAUCCUACUUAGCAAAAGCAGUAGCAACCGAAGCAAACAACUCAACAUUUAUAUCUAUUUCAUCAUCUGACCUAGUGUCUAAGUGGCUUGGAGAAAGUGAACGGUACUGUCUAAAACAUAAUGUUUUCCGUGUAGAAGUUGUCAAUUAGUUAAUUUUCCUAGCUUGUGAUGAAAAUUUAUCCAAUUUAUUUCAAGUGUCUAAUACUUAUAAAUAAAUCCACUGAAAACAAGUAGGAAGAUAUGUUGGCCAUUUAUUGAUUUACCCAGUGACAUCAGGCAAACUCAAGACUGUGGCUCAUGGUUUAUACAACAGACCUCCUUGAGAAAAAAAAAUUUUAAAUUUUGCAAAUUUCCUUUGAUUGAGUAAUCCAGGGUACCAUUAGUUUUGCUUUACUUAGUGGUUCAGAAAACUUUUGUCACUCUUUCUCAAACCAAUCUGAUAUGUAAUUAAAGCAACUGUAAUAUAAUAUGUCUCCUUUUCUUGUGAUUCAAACAGUUUUCUUCUUUGAGCUCUCUUUGGGUCUAACCAUCAAUAAAAACAAUCUCAUGAAAAAAUCAGUACAUGUUGUGGGAUAAACUUCCAUUACUGUGAAUGAAUGUUUUCUGGAGGCAAGCAAUGCCAUUGUGACUCCAUGCCUGUCCAAUCAUUUAACCCUUUCACUGCCAAGAUCUCAUUUACUAAUUCUCUCAACUGUCUGCAAUACAACCGAUAUGAUGUAAGUUUGAAGAAUUUGGUAUUGGAUCAACUUGUAGUCCCCUAAUGGAUUUAUUUAUUCUCAUCUCUUGUCUGCUUGAUGUUACAUUGAUAUUGUUAGGAGAAGUUCUUUCUUGGUCACUCAUGGAAGUUCCAAUCAUGCCUAAUACCCAUCUGCUUACUUUUUCAGGCUUGUAAAGCAGCUAUUUGAAUUAGCACGAGACAAUAAACCAGCCAUUAUUUUUAUUGAUGAAGUUGAUUCCUUGUGUGGCUCAAGAAGCGAAAAUGAAAGUGAAUCAGCUAGGAGAAUUAAAACAGAGUUUCUGGUUCAAAUGCAAGGUAAGUCUUAUAAAAACGACAUAUAUUUUACCUUGAAAUUUCUAAAAAUCAGCAGGGAAAGGAUUAGGUUCUACAGUCAGUGUAAAUAAAGCAUUUGCCGUCUAGAAUGUGGCCUGAAAAAGAGGGAAAAUAAAUCCCUGUCAGUUACAAAAAGCAUAAGAUUGGAAUAGUUUUCAUUGAUUCUAGUAUUACAUAUGUUCUCCUUUUUUAUUUUGUUUUAACAGUAAGAGUGCAUGUACAUGUAGAAAGAUGACUCAAAGGCUUAUUUCAGUAAAUGUUUCCUACACCAUUUUGUGAAUCAGAAAUAAUUAUCUGGCAACUUUUUCUCUAGGAUUUUUUUUUUCAUUUCCUCUCAUUCUAAGAAAAUCAAAUAAGAGUUUUUCUAAGACCCUUUUUUCAAGUUUUUUCUCUCUUUUUGACAAACAUUGUUAUUUUUACCACUGGAAAAGUUUGAAUUCCCCUUACAAUGGAGUUCUUUUUUUGUUUUUGUUGUUCAAGCUUCUUGGGGCCUGCAGGAAAAAAAGGCUUCACAAGUUUUUGAGAAUUUGUGGUAUCAAGGGGUUCAGAGAAAUUAUCAGUGGCUUCAGGAUACUAAGGGGGUUUAGAAACCAUGGUACUGGUGCUACAAAAUGUUGAAGAUAUUUAAUGGUACAUUUUAAUGGCCAAAGGACAUGGUUUCAGGUUUGAGAUAAAAGGAUGUAUAAGGUAUCUAGGGCUCAAAAUAAUUUGAAACUCCUCUGCAUUUAACAAAUCAGUGUACAUUUUAGCAACUUGGUGAAGGGGGAAUAUGGUUUCAGGUGAAAGGUAACAGAAUUUUCAAGAUAUCUAGGACUAAAAAUAGUUUGAAACUCCAUUGCAUUUAACAAAACAGUGCACAUGCACUUUAUCUACUGACUUGUCCUUCAGUAAUAUUAACACAGGUUAAAGACUGAAUGAUAUGGUGGUAAUUUUGUUUGGCUGACAGGGGAGUCUUCCCUCUAUUAAGAAGGACUUAAAGUGCUAUUUUAUUUAAUCUGUUACAUCUUAACUGAAGGUGUUGGAGUUGAUAAUAAAGAUGUACUUGUCCUGGGAGCAACAAACAUUCCAUGGACUCUUGACUCUGCUAUUAGAAGAAGGUAUAUUAUACAUGACUUUAGGAUAUUAUUUUGCAUUUCUUUAUAAUUAUUGUCGCAAAGCAUACUUGUGCUUAUAAGGGAUUCAUACUUUGAGUUUGUGUGUGAAACCUUUAAGUAUUUGACUACUGAAUUCAGUUUAGAUUUUUGUGAUGAUGAUACUAAUUCUUUAGUGUGAUAAAAAAAAAUCCAAGCAAAAAAAGGAAGAAGUCCCUGUUUCUUACACCUUUCACAGGCAUAAAAUCUCUGCAGUUCAAGGCCAAACUUACAAGUUUUAGUUUGUCAGUAUUGUCAAUCAUUAUUAAGACAUGUAUUCAAUAUUCUGCAUUUUAUGGAAAAUUGGAGUAAUUUACUCAACAUCUUUUCUAGAUUUGAAAAAAGGAUUUAUAUCCCAUUACCUGAGGCAUCAGCUCGGGUAAAGAUGUUUGAGUUACAUAUGGGAAACAUCAAACACUGUAUUCAACCCACAGAAUUCAGGGAUCUAGCAGAGAAAACUGAAGGGUGAGGAUAGUCAAACUUAUUAAUUGAGAUAAACAACCUCUGAAUCAUAGAUUAAAUAUAGUUUUUAUUUAACCUGCAAAUCUCCAAGGUCUGUUUGUCAUACAUUAAUUUUCUUGAAUGUUAGUUCAGAGGAUUUUUUUUUUAAAUAAAUCAAACUGUGUUCUCCAGUUUUAUUUUUCUUUGUUCCUAUUACCUCUAAGUUCGGCAGUGGAGUUUUAUUACAUGCCUGAAUAAAUUACUGUUUGGUCAGUCUUGAUAUGCAUUAAAUCAAGGAUCAUCAAUAUUAGAUAAUUAAAAGUUAAAAUGCAAGCUUUGUUGAAUGUUCCACUUUUUGCAGCAUGAAAGCUUCACCCAUUGACCCCUAUGAGUGACUGGCAUCAUGUUACCCCUGGAUCACAUAUAAAGGUCCCAAGAAUAUAGGAAACGAUCACCAACUAACAAAGCCCUUGAUUUUUAAACAAAUUCUCCUCGUCAGCACCUUAGGAGAUGCAUGGAGAACAGUUUGGAGAAUAUGCAUUCUGAUGUUAGGGUGUAAAGGGUUAAUAUCCAAGUCUACAAGUCUUAGUUAGCACUUGUUUGUCAACACUUGUCGAUUUAAAACUAUGUACGCUCUCCCCAUGAUUUCAGGUAUUCGGGUGCAGACAUCAGCAUUGUUGUGCGUGAUGCUAUGAUGCAGCCAGUCAGAAAAGUACAACAAGCAACACAUUUUAAACUGGUUUGUAUAAUGUCUUUCUCAAAUUCAGGCAUGAAAUAUUUUACUUCAGUUAUCAAGUCAAAGUUCUUGAGAGCACUAAUUGAAAAAGCUAAACAUUGUCUUCUUUUCCCUCUGUUGCUUGAAUGAAAUGUUCUGUAAUGUACACUACCUCUCCUGUCACAGACCUCCCACAUCAAAAUCCAAAUUCACUGUUUUCCCCUAAGUUAAGGAUCAGUGUGAAGACAUUUGCUGAUUUUCUCUUUUUCUUUGCACCUAAUUUGUCACUGUUCUUUAUUUGUGUGGUUUUAAAAGGCGAGGGGUCCCUCCCCACAAAACCCAGAAGUCAUAGCAGAUGAUCUCCUAACACCAUGUUCACCAGGUAUUUAUGUGGCAAUUUUGUUUUACAGUUGAGAUUGAAUAGUCUCAAAUUCUUAUCCAUAUCUUUUAUUUAAUUGUGUUCCUCUGUUUUGUCAAAUUCACCAAAGGUAUGUGAACUUCUGAAAGUUUAGGCAUUUGUCUGAACAAGCAGGCUGUAGAUGAAUGAGAAAAUCCUCAAUAACCAGUUGGAUGGUUUUGACCACUGACACUUGAUCAUGUGCAAUUUUUCAUGCGUUGAUUUUGUCAGAAAAGGCCUUAACAUUGAUGAAGAUAUCCUGGGUCCUGGAGACUUUCCCUGUUUGGUUCAUGUUGUCUUAAUUUUGACCUAUGUCAACUGGUUAUUUUGCCCAUCCUUGCUACUCAUUCUGUGGGCAUUUUCUCAACCCCAAGUACAAUAUAUAUGAAAACACUUCUGAAUCAGGUACCAGGAGGAGUUUUAAGAAUGGAAGGCUUUUGGAAGAGAUUUACAAUUUUAAGUUUUUGCUGGAUGAACAAAUAUUGGAAUAUCAACAGGAGAAUGUUUGUCUAGUAAUAAAAUCUACAAUCAUUUUUACUAUGAUCAUUUAUUACAAUGCCUUCCCUUUGGUUGCAAUACCAUCUUUUUGGCUUCCUUCUGCUGUGCACCUUUCCAAAAAAGAUAAACCCUAGUGUUAAGGAAAACAACUUCUCCAGAUCUUGACAUAAGUUUUUUUUCCCCUGUUUCUUUUUAGGGGAUCCAGGUGCAAGAGAGAUGACCUGGAUGCAAGUACCUGGAGAGAAGCUGUUAGAGCCUGUUGUUAAUCUGGUAAUUACUUCACAAUUCUUCCCUCAGUAUGCAUAUUCUCCAUACUGUUCUCUAUACAUUUCCUAAGUCGUUGAAAAGGAGAAUUUGUUUAAUAAUCAAGAGCUUCUUUAUUAAGUGAUCAUUUCCUUUAUUCUCAUGACCCUAAUGUUUGAUUCAGGGGUCAUAUUGUAGGGAGAAAUGAAAUGCAAGUCAUUCCCUGAGGGUUAAGGAGUUGGGAUUCCUUCUCUUGUGGGAAGUGAGAGGCUCAUUAUCACUAGGGAUGCAUUGCAUUGGCAAUUGACAGCCAUGCAGAAAUUUUCAGCUUAAAAUCAACCAUCCAGAGACUAAAGGGCAGGCAAACAAAGCUGACUGAUUGAUCAUGAGUCUUUUAAGAUAUUUACAAGAAUGGGAAUUUUUUUAAAGACAGUAAUCCCUGUUAUCGCACCACAUAGGCUUCAACUGGUUAUUUUGCAGUUUCAGUGUUUUUUAGUGAAUGGUAUCCUUACUUUUCAAGAUAUAUUAACAGCUACGACAUUCCUUAUGACUAUUUUUAGCCGGACAUGCUACGAUCCUUGGCAACUUCUAAACCGACAGUAAACUCUGCGGAUCUGAAAAAGUUUGAAGACUUCACCAGAGAUUUCGGACAAGAAGGAUAAAGUCAUUAGCAUCCCACAUUGUAAUAACAACGUUUCAUAGAAGUCUUUCAAAAUAAUCAGAGUUAGACAUUUCACUCUUAAUAUCCAUGAACCAAUUCUCCCAACAGAUGGGCAUACAUUUAUUUGUUGUUUGUUCCUGAGAAUCUUGGGUAUUAUCAGGGCAAUACUUCUUUGUCUAUGAUUUUGUAAAUUCUCACUAUCUGGCUGUCUUAAAUAUCUUAAAAUUGUAACAAGAAUUCACAUGUUGAUCACUUAAAGGAAUGAAAGGGUUGAUGGAAGGGGCGUGGUCACAUUUUUUUUAGGAAAUUUCAGUCCUAAAGAAAUAUACAUAGAAAAUCUGGAAAGAAGCACAUGAUAAACUAAAAUGACAUGGGUAUGAACCACAUGGGUUCCCUUUAAGCAAAGGAAAAAACUUCAGUAUGGCUGUACUUCAAGUUUAUGGGAGAGUUUGUCUUGUUGCAGGAAUUUUAUUAUUGACAGGGUGUUCCCAUAAAAUAGCGAAGAAAACAGAUUCACCGAGAAGCGUGACCUGCUGUUAACCCUUUUGAAUAAUUAAUUUACCCAUCAUUGUAAACAAGAGAAACUAAGCAUCGAAUUUUUUGUUAUGCUUUAUCAAAGGGAGGAAGUUUACUCCACGCGACAUUUUAUUGUAGAAAGGCUUAGCUUAGUAUAAGUUUCAUUACAAGAGUGGGCAAAGGCUGGAACAACAGCUGCCAAUAAGUUUUAUCCCCAUAUAACUGAUCGUUGAAACUCUCAGUAUACCUCUAUUUUGAAAAUUUUAUGGGUCGCAGUAAAUUGCUGUUGCUCUGAGAGCUUCAAGUUUUCUGUUUUUUUGUUACUUCGUAGGUAAUUGUUAAAGAAUAAAGACAAGAGGCUGUUGUAACCUCUUCCCUUCCCCUUUUCCUUCCUGUGGUACUAAUUUGCGUGAAAACCAUCUGAUUUGACUAUCCAUCGAAAAGUACCAUUUUUAUCUUGCCCCAGUAGCUAUUACUGCAGAUGUACAGAAUUACAAACAGCAGCCUAAUGUUUUAUUAAAUUGGCAAAAUUUCUGGUCGGAGGUUGUUGUGUUAUUCCAGCUGGUUUUGCUUGGCGCACUCUAGAGAGUCAAGGAUUGGG